AGCAAAUUACCUGUGCUUUGGUCUGACCUCAGUGGCGUUUCACCUAACUAAUGUAGCCCUGCACGCAGUGGCGUGCCUGCUGUUCACCAGAGUAUGUUUGAGCAUCGUGGGAAUGCAGCAACCUUUUGCCACUUUGGCUGGCUUGAUGUUCAGCGUCCAUCCAGUUCAUACGGAAGCCAUUUUUGACCUUUUGCUAUCUGGCCGCUUUCAACCUCUGGUUGAUGCUUUGUCCCGCAACUCUAUCUCACGAUUGGCAAAUGGGGUCCAUACCGCUGGUGACAACACUGGGCGACUCAAGAAAUGUUGCCACCUGCUUCUUUUUAGGACUAGUAUUCCUGCUUGCAAUACGUAGUAUUAUUGACUUCGAGAAUAUGCGACACCCGCCACUGGUUUUGGGAUUAUUGCUUCUGGUGCUUCCUUUCUUGCCAGCUUCAAAUCUAUUUGUUACCGUUGGCUUUGUAAUAGCGGAAAGAGUCUUGUACAUACCCAGUCUGGGUUCUAUUUUACUGACCGUAUAUGGAGUCCAGCUACUUUGGACUAACUACUCUAGGCACCGGCAAACAAUACUCGGCUUGGUGAUCCUGAUCCUAAUUAGCAGCAUUUUAAGGACGAUUGUCAGGAACAAAGAUUGGAAGUCCAGGGAAACUUUAUUAAGAGCCGGCCUUCAAACUCUCCCACACAACGCAAAAAUGCAUUAUAAUUAUGCGAAUUUCCUCCGGGAUUCCUCACGGCACGAACUGGCCAGGUCCCAUUACUACACGGCCUUAAAGCUAUGGCCCACAUAUGCUAGCGCUCACAACAACCUAGGGACAAUACUGAAGAACAAUUACGAAGCGGAACAACAUUUCCUAGCAGCCAUCAAAUUUGCCUCAAAUCACGUUAAUGCUCAUUUCAAUUUGGGCCAAUUAUAUCGAAAAAACAACAAAACAACGGAGUCCGAAGAAAUGCUCACAAAGUGCAUCAAUUUGGAACCCGGAUUCACACCGGCCUACUUGGAACUGGCUAGACUUCGAGGCCCCAACCACCGAACAAUUUCCGAGUUGUUGUUAAAAGUAGUUGAACUCAAUCCCCAUGAUCCCUAUUAUUCGUCGAAAUUCGGAGAAUGGUUGACGAAAAAAGGUAAUCAUCUACGAGCCAUGAAAUUCUAUUGGACCUCCCUCAGGAUAGACGCAACCCAUCAGGACUCUGCAGUAGGCGUAUUCAGAUACUACCGAAAAUUCGGUCAGCAGGCUCAAAUGUUCCAGAUGCUUACUAGGUGGCACAACCUACUAAGAAAAAAAGGCCACAGCGUGAAACAGAACUUUUACCUGCAAGAGUGGCAGUUGAAGUCCGAAUUGAGAUAUAAAAUUAAAGAAUACUCAACUCCCUUAUACACAAAUCACUAUUCGUCGGGAGAGAACAGUGGCCCAGAAGUGCAACGAUCAGGCGAAAAACGAAGCAAAUGGACGUUACAAAAAAACAAAACAACCGACAAAAGUUUUAAGGAGAAGAUGAAGCUGGUCAGAAAGAAGAGUAGUGUACAGCCGCAAAGAGCGCUAGACUUUUCGAAAUUUGCUCUACUCACGCAUUAGCUUUGAAUAAAGUUUAUCUGUUCCACAGUAUACAACGAAAUAUCGCACAGUCCAAUAACAAAAACAUUAAAAGGGUUUGAAUAUUAAUGACACAGUUACCAAAAAGGCAGCAGCUACUCACAGGGUGAAUUCGAACUUUUUGGAACCAAUUAAAAUAUACGUAGCAAACAAUCUAUAAUAAAUAAUUUGAUGGUUGAGAAUCUAAAUCAAUACUAAAGGGACAGACAGAGAUCAGUAUUACACAUAUAGAGUAUAGCCGUUAAGAAUAUUUCACACGUGCGCCUCACUGUUUUGCCCCUUAAUUAACUACUAAGUGAUAUUUUACAUAACUUUGAGGUGAUGUAAAUAUAUAAAUAAAUAACAUUAUGUAGAUAAAUGCAAAACUUGUACCGUUUGUCUUUUCAGUUUAGAUUUCCAAGUAUUACUAGGCUAAGGGACCGCCCGUUUUAAAACCAUUAAAAGUUUGGUCGUCGCUAAACUCUUUUUUGCACACUUGUUCAGUAUUAUUAGGCAAUCGACCGAAUUGCACGAAAAUUUCAAACGUAAUGCCUUAACGACUGAAUUAUAAUUUUAGAGCUUCAUGUCACUGUGCUCCCUUCAGAUACUUGCUGUAAGUCAGCAUUAAUUAUAGCCACAACAAUUGGUUUCGCAUUAACGGAAAGUAGUCGAUUCUCAAUGUAUAAAUUUCCAGGCAAUUUAAUCCCACAAAGGGAGCAAGUAUUUCUUCUUUAGCCAGACGUCGCGCAGCAUUACGUAAAAACAAAUUCUUAAAUAUUUUUGAUAUGCAUUAGACUAUAGUAUGAUAGAUUGUAAAAUUAUAGAGGACUUAUAAAGGUUAUCAUAAUAUACGAUGCCCACAAUAGAUCCAACUGAAUAUGGGAAGUACUAAGAAGAUAACUGAAGUUUUUCGCCAAAAAUCAAUACUUACAAUACAAGGCAAAGAUCGGCCGUUUUUCUUCAUUUCUUUGUUUCACCUCUAAAGUGAUCACCUUUAUAAGGCUGGGAUAAAGUUUUGCUUAAACUCAUGUUUUCUAGUGGUGUGUGUAAAUUGUCAUAUAGCGUUUACAAUUUCAACGUAUGACUAUUUAAGCGCACUAACAUUUUGCGAAUUUAUUGUGUAGUGACUGGGGCCAUUCUAAAGUAUACCUUUGUAAAUUUUACAUUAAAAAUGGCAAAACAGGGCGAUUGAAAAUGAACAACUCAGUUUAGUUCAUAUUUGCGGUUUGAAAUCAUAUUUACCUGAUUAUAAAUCGUUUGUAACCGUUUCAAUUGUAAAUAAAGGUUAUUUAUUUAA